AUGUCUCUUCAAAAUCUGAAUGAGAGUAUUAGCCAGCCGAAUAACGGCUCUGUGAUUGACAUGCCCGUUACUACGAUUUUGAAUGGAACAGACGCAAUUGUUCGCAUUACGACGUCAGCAAUCUGUGGCUCCGAUCUCCAUUUCUAUCAUGGGUACGCCAACACUCCCACAAUAGUCUGGGGCUUUGGCCAUGAAGCUGUGGGUUACAUUUCAGAGGUCGGUGAUGCAAUGUCGUCGUUGAGCAUUGGGGAUUAUGUUAUCAUAGUGGACAAUGCCGACAGCGGACAUUAUGGUUCAGCUCAUCCCAUCACUUUUGGAACCGGUACGCCGGGCUAUGGAGGUCUUCAGGCCGAAUACGCCAGGAUCCCAUUUGCCGACGAUUCACUUAUCCCAAAUCCCAUUACAUCUCAGAACACAUCUGCUGAGCUUGAUUAUCUCAUGAUCUCCGACAUCUUCACGACGGCCUGGGGUGCUCUGACUUAUUCCAGCUUUCAGCCUGGUGAUAGUGUCGCGAUAUUUGGCGCCGGGCCUGUUGGCUUGCUUGCGGCUUACUCUGCACUGCUGCGUGGUGCCACAAGAGUAUACUCUGUGGAUCGUGUGCAGUCGCGUCUUGACAAGGCUAGAGGACCUGGCGCCAUACCAAUCAAUUUUGGCGAGACCGAUCCGGCGGCAGCGAUACUCGAACGGGAACCAAAUGGAGUGAACCGCAGCCUAGACUGCGUCGGCUUCGAAGCUGUGAAUGCCUUCGGGCAGUUGGUUAAUGGCAUUGUGAUAAAUCAGAUGAUCAACGUCACAGCUUUUGGGGGAGGCAUGGCUAUUGGAGGAGCUUGGAACGGCGGAGCCAACAGCACAGCAGGUGGUCCUCGCCUCGGAAAUCUUCCUGGUCAAGUACCGUUCUCUCUACCAGCGUUAUGGCGCAAAGCCUCGACAAUCGGUACAGAAAUAGUUCUUCCCUUGGAACACGCAGAGCCUGUACUCCAAAUGGUUCACUCUGGUAAAGCAAAACCUGGCUUUAUUGUUUCAGCCGAAAUCAGUAUCAAGGAAGCUCCUGAAUAUUACCAACGCUACAGCAAUCAUUUGGAGGAUAAAGUUGUCAUUCGCUUUCCAUACAGAGUCAAUAAAUGGCUGAGUGUUAUUGAAUAA